UGACUGUCCAUUUCGCCAACCAGAAGGCUGCAUAACCCAAGAUAUAGCCAAUCACUGAAGAGUUGUGUACUUUCAAGAAGACUUCAUUCUUCUUCCUGCGGCAGAAACUUGUCGGUGACCAGCAGAUAAGACAUUAAAUACGGAGAAGGUAUUAUUUACAAAAAUGUCAUCAGGAGCACUAUUUCCCAGUUUGGUGUCGGGGUCUCGCGGCUCCUCCAGCAAAUACUUGGUGGAAUUCAGAGCCGGUAAGAUGACGCUUAAAGGCAGUACGGUGACCCCGGACAAGCGGAAAGGCUUGGUAUACAUCCAGCAGACCGACGAUUCCCUCAUUCAUUUCUGCUGGAAGGACAGGACAUCAGGAAAUGUUGAUGACGAUCUCAUCAUUUUCCCUGAUGACUGUGAGUUCAAGAGGGUUAACCAGUGCACUACAGGACGAGUUUAUGUGCUGAAGUUUAAAGCUGGAUCCAAAAGGCUUUUCUUUUGGAUGCAGGAGCCAAAAACGGACAAAGACGAGGAGCACUGCCGAAAGGUGAACGAGUACCUGAACAACCCCCCGAUGCCUGGGGCACUGGGGAGUGGGGGCAGUGGGAGUCACGAGCUCUCAGCUCUUGGAGGUGAAGGUGGGCUGCAGAGCCUUCUGGGUAAUAUGAGCCACAACCAACUGAUGCAGCUGAUUGGACCGACUGGGCUGGGAGGACUUGGUGGUCUGGGGGCUUUGGCUGGACCAGGCUUGGCUAGCCUGCUGGGAAGUGGAGGACCGGCUACCAGCAGCUCUUCAUCUAGCUCCAGGAGCCAGUCUGCAGCCGUCACCCCUUCCUCCGGCUCUGGGACCACCCGGAUCAGCUCCGCCCCGGCCCCCACCACACCCAUCACCCCGGCUGCCACCACUGCCACCUCCCCCAGCGUCACCCCCACCACCCCCGCGGCGCCCGCUGCCCCGGUCGCCCCCACCGCUACCAGCCCCACCCAGCCCAUCCAGCUGAGUGACCUGCAGAGCAUCCUGGCCACCAUGAACGUGCCUGCAGUGGCUGCAGGAGGGGCAGGAGUGGACUUGGCCAGUGUGCUGACCCCUGAGAUCAUGGCGCCCAUCCUGGCCAAUGCGGAGGUGCAGCAGCGCCUCCUGCCGUACCUGCCCUCCGGGGAGUCCCUGCCGCAGAGUGCCGAUGAGAUCCAGAACACGCUCACGUCCCCGCAGUUCCAGCAGGCCAUGAGCAUGUUCAGCAGUGCGCUGGCAUCCGGACAGCUGGGGCCUCUAAUGAACCAGUUCGGCCUGCCCACAGAAGCUGUGGACGCAGCCAACAAAGGAGAUGUGGAAGCUUUUGCGAAAGCCAUGGAAGGAGGCGAAGGCAAGGCAGAUGAAGGAGGGGAUUCCAAAGACAAGAAGGAUGAUGAGGAGGACAUGAGUCUGGAUUAGCACAUCUGAAACUAGUGCUUUCCCCUGCAUCACAUUUUGUUACUCUACCAUCCGUAGUGCUUUCAUUAGACAAGGUGCAUCUCUAUGGAAACGGAUCUUCUCUUAUUCUAUAUGUCAAGUUGGCACAAAUAAACCUUUAAUUGAAAUGCCA